AUUGCAAACCAUUCAUUUGUGGUCUGUGAUGCAAACCAAAGCUUUUUGUGAUUUUUGUAAAGAUUUUGAUUAGAUGGAUUAUUGGAGAUUUUGUGCUUCUGCUUGUAAUGAGCGUUUGCUGCAGGUUAUUGAGUUAUUUUAUAGCCGUUCUUGUGUUUAAUUAACGAUACCUUAGUGUAUUAGCGAUGUCAGGCAGAAGGGAUAGAUCAAGAUCUCCAGUGAGAGGAAAUAGAAGAGAAAAAGCAAUGGAUCCAAACAAAAAUGAUCCCACAAUGUCGACUGCUAUGAUGAACCCAAUGAUGAUGCAGAGCAUGAUGAUGUCUCAAGGAAACAUGAUGUUGCCUGGAAUGUACAAUAUGAUGAUGCCAAAUGCUAUGUUGGGAAGUGGCAUGAUGCCGUCUACUGGGAUGGAAAUGAUGCAAAGCAGUGCCAUGGAUAUGUCAGCUAUUCAGCCUCAGAUUGACAUGUCUGCAAUGGGAACGACACAGACUAUGGCAACAUCUUCUCAGUCCAUGGAUAUGGGGAUGAUGAGUGGCAUGAUGAUGGAUCCUAUGAUGGGGAUGUAUUCUAACGUAACUGGGGAAAUACAAGAAGCAAAAGAGAUAGUUCUCAAACAUUGCAAAUUAAUACCACCAACAAGUGGGUCACCCCAUCCGCCACGUAGAGCAAAACCACCGGGAUGUCGAACAAUCUUUGUUGGUGGAUUACCUGAAAAGAUAAGAGAGAGCCAUGUGAGAGAUAUAUUUGAACGCUAUGGCAGGAUUCAUAUACUGCGGCUGUCAAAAAAGAACUUCUGCCACAUUCGGUUUGAUAGAGAAACAUGUGUGGAUGCUGCCAUGGUGAUAUCUGGUUACAGAGUUAAACUAUUAAGCAAAGAAAAGGAUGAAGAUGAUGAAGAUUCUCAAGCUACUAAUGGUUGGCUACAUGUGGACUAUGCUUUGAGCAGAGAUGAUCAAAACGAGUAUGAGAGACGGCAACGUCAAGCAAUGCGGGUCCAACAGCAGCAAAUGCAGCAACAGAUGUCAGUGCAGGAGAACAUGGCGAGCAGGAACAUGAACUACCGCCGCUCUCCGUCGCCCGUGCGGAUACAAGUAUUUUCAAAUGCAGCCAUGGUGCAGUUGGGUGAAAAAAUCAAAAGUGAAGAACAUUUCGCGAGCUCUCUGCCUACUUUAGUUUCAUGGCUCGAGCGUGGAGAGUGCUCUAAAAAGACAUCCACUCAAUUUUAUAGCAUGAUUCAAGCUACAAACUCUCACAUUAGAAGACUAUUUGGCGAAAAAAUGCAGGCAGAAGAGGAGUUCCAGGAGUGUAAAGAAAGGGUUAAGAAUCAUAUACAGAGUGUGAUCGAACAACUCGAGCAGGUGGCGAAAGUGUUCACUGCGGCCACGCACCAACGGGUUUGGGAUCACUUUACUAAACCUCAGCGAAAGAACAUUGAAACAUGGCAAAAAAUGACACAGGAGUUUCACGCUCUGAAAGAGGAAUUCAAUGAUAAGUUCUAUAAUGAAGAGUCUGAGUUCAAUGGGUACACCAAGGGGCAGGGUAGUGUUGAUAACGAAGAAGUACAACAACUGAAGAGAGAAAAUGAAAGUCUUCAAUUCCAAUUGGAAGCUUACAAAAAUGAAGUUGACGUCAUAAAAGCUGAUGCUCAGAAAGAAAUGGAGAAGUUCAAAGCGCAAUUCAUAGCACGCCAAUUAUUGCAAGGAGCAAUGGACAAAAAUCCACCACUGCCGUCUCCGGUGGUGAAGCCGCCGCCGCCGCCGCCACUGCCCGACGACAUGGAGACCAAGGUGAUGGUGAAGGAUGAAGUGGAUCCUGCGAGUGGCGAAGCCAAGCUGAUUGGUGUCAUGUCGGCGUUCUUGCAGGUGCACCCACAAGGCGCCAGCCUGGACUACGUGGUGUCGUACGUGCGCGCGCUGUUCCCCGGCGUGUCGCAGGCCAGCAUCCACCACGUGCUGCAGAAGCACGACGAGGUGUUCCAGCGCACCACCAGCGGCGUCGGCGCCAACAUCGAGAACCGCUGGACCUUCGUCGCCUUCGCCGGGAAGGCCUGACUCCGCCUUUGGCACUAGGCCUUAAUACAUCACUCAAUAAUGUUGUCAAUAGUAAGGUGAGGAAUUAUUUUAAAAUACGUACUUUGAUAGCUAUUUUCAAUUUUCAAACUGUACUGUUGUCAAUGUUACCGUUAAUUGUAAAAUACUUUUGUUUAUAAUCUCACUCGCGAUUUUGUAAUCUGUCGUUAUAUUGUGAACUGAACAUAGUGAUUACAAUAUAACCGUAAAUUGAAGAUACAUUAGAAUAGUAUAGAAUAGAAGACAUUGUUAGUUAAGUUCAUGUUAUGUACAAAGGAUAAUAAAGGAUAUUUUGUCUUAUUGAUUGUUUGCAAGGAAUUUCCAUUAUUCAUUGUAAGAUUGGCCAAGUUAUGCCUUCGAAGGCAUAGAAUUCGAACAAACUUAAUUUGUUAUGUACUUUUUAGUUAUUCAGUGUUAGAAUAAGAUGAAUCGUGUUUUUAAUGUAAUGCCGAUGUGCGGUUUUUGUAUGAAAAACGGCUGUUUUAAAAUUUUUUGAUUAAGACAAGACGAAGAGCAUUGUAUUGAACGUUUUUUUUUCGUAUCCACAUUUGCCCUAAUAACAAGUUGCAAGCAUAUCAACUUGAAUAUUCCUUUGUGCUUGCUUCCAUGGUGGGCAGGAAUAGAGAAAACUAAUGUUAACAGAAUCGGUGGAAAUGGGUUUUACAGCUAUUAUCUAUUAGUAUGUCAGCCAAUGACGAUCAAGUAAUCUCACAUGCCUGCAGCGCUAACGGCUUGACAACCGAUAAAACCGAUCGUGUGUUGGUCGCGAUCGGCAUGUCAUGCACAUCUGAGAUUGCUCUGUGAUAUCCGCAUAUAGAAACAUUUUUCAUAAUUUGUAUUUCAAAAUUUAACACUAACAACAAUUACGUAAAUUAAUAUAAAUAAUCAAUAAUUACCAAUAAAAAAUACUCCACUAGGAGGGGUUCAUUUCUAUUUGCGUUAUUCAUGCAAAACAGCUCGCGACAUAGACAUUUCUAAUAUUUUUAUCAUAAGUAUUUAGAAGUAGGUAAUAUUUAGAUAUUACUUUAUACAUAAAAUGUUUAUUGUAAUAAAUAGGUAAGUCACUAAAAA